AGGAAACAGAUUCGAGCUCUUCUAGGACAGUUUAGCCAGUCAGAGGCUUUGUUAAUCUCCUCUGGAGUUGAGCCAGGGACUCUCGACGGAGUUGUCCUGGAUGCUGGCUGUUCUUCUAUGCAAUUUGAUACACCUGAAAGAGGUUUUUCCCUGCAGAAGGAUGGACCGUUGGACAUGAGGAUGGAUAGUGACAGGUACCCUGACAUGCCCACUGCUGCUGAUGUUGUGAAUGCUUUAGAUCAACAGGCGCUUGCGUCCAUCCUGAGAACAUACGGGGAGGAGAGGCACGCCAAGAAAAUCGCUUCAGCCAUCGUUCAGGCACGCAGCAUAUACCCCAUCACCAGAACUCAGCAGCUUGCAAGCAUUGUUGCAGGUGCUUUUCCAGCAUCAGCACUGUACGCGCGAAAAGACUUGCUUCAGAGACCUACACACGUUGCUACCAAAACUUUUCAAGGCCUGCGAAUAUUUGUAAAUGAUGAGCUCCAUGAACUCUUCAUAGGGCUGAAGACAGCUGAGAAGUUUCUAAAACCUGGAGGUCGCCUUGUAGCCCUCUCCUUUCAUUCACUAGAAGAUCGUAUUAUCAAACGUUUUCUUCAUGGAAUAAACAUGACAGAAAAAUACAAUCUUAGCUCAAGGCAGAAGAUAAGACGCGCUCUGAAAAAUUGCUCCAAAGAUGAUGAUACACAAGAACUUCCUCAUGGAAAAUCCAACUCAAAGUGGAUUUUUAUACAGAAAAAAGUUCUCACACCCCAGGCCAAGGAUAUUCAAACAAACCCAAGAGGAAGGUCGGCCAAGUUAAGAGCUGCUAUUAAACUCUAA